AUAUUUUUUUUUCUUUUUUCUAUAGGAAAUUUUUACCUCUUCUUUCUAAUUCCAUUCCAUUCUUUCCUUCAUUUCAAAAUAAAUAAAUGUCACCUUCAACAAUUCAGCAAUAUCGACCGUUAACGGUAAUAACAACUAAUAAAAAAAUAGUUAGUCAUGAUAAAGAACAAGAAGUUUUAGAUACAAAAAGAUCACCUUCUUUAAUAAAUAAUCAUACUAUUGUUACAGCAGACAAUCAUUAUCACCACAAGUCAACAAUAAAAGAGAGUGAAGAAGGAUUCUUUUAUCCAUUAAAAACUACGCAGUCAAAUCCUUUGCCUCUUUCGUCUUCUUCAACUAUCUUGAAUAAUCAAAAAAAAAAAAAGAGACCAUUAUCCUCAUCAUCUCAUAUUUUUAACUCCGAAUACCAUGAUCAACAUCAGAAACAAUCCUACUCAUUUUUUCCUCCUCCUCCUCCUACUACUUCUUCAUUAUCUCAUUUUCGUCGUACAACUACCCCCGAUUUAGGGCAUUUAGAUCCAGAAGAACAAGCUGCAUUGGAAUCUGAAAUCAAAGCAAGAAGACAAGCUCGAAGAACAUCCAGAAGACUACAACAAUAUCGUUACGAUGAUGAUGACGAUGACGACGACGGUCGUGUACUGAUUGGUACUCGAGUAGCGGAAGGACAUCGUAAUUAUCAACUUAUGUACGAUAUGUUAACAGGCAUUCGAAUUGCUGUAGGUCGAGUAUCUGCAAAAAUGCAAAAGACUUUAAUUGAUGAUGAUUUUACUGCAGCACAUAAAUUAGUAUUUGAUAUUACUGGUAAUGAAUUGACUCCAGGUGUCAAGUAUGACUUUAAAUUCAAAGAUUAUGCUCCUUGGGUGUUUCGCUAUUUGAGAGAACAAUUUCAUAUUGAUGCAGCUGAUUACAUGAUGUCAUUGACAAACAAAUAUAUUUUAUCAGAAUUAGGUUCACCUGGUAAAAGUGGAAGUUUUUUCUAUUAUUCAAGAGAUUAUCGAUUUAUCAUCAAGACAAUACAUCAUACUGAACAUAAAUUUAUGAGAAAGAUACUUAAGCACUAUUAUGAGCAUGUAUGUAAUAAUCCAAACACAUUAUUAUGUCGAUAUUAUGGACUACAUCGUAUUAAGUUACCUCAUGGUAGAAAAAUUCAUUUUGUUGUUAUGGGCAACGUAUUUCCAAGCAACAAAGAUGUUCAUGAAACUUAUGAUCUAAAAGGAUCCACCUUUGGUCGAUUGACAUCUGCUGAAGAGAUCGCUAAAAAUCCACAUGCAGUUUUAAAAGAUUUAAAUUGGGUAGAAAGGGGGAAAAAACUGGAAUUUGGAACAAUUAAACGAAAUAUGUUGAUAUCACAAUUAAAUAGAGACGUGAAGUUGUUAUCUAAACUGAAUAUUAUGGAUUAUAGUUUAUUGAUUGGGAUUCAUGAUAUGGUUAAAGGAAAUACAGAAGGAAUAAGGGAUACGCAUCUUCAAUUUGUAUCGCCACAAACAAGAACAAUGUCAGCAAAGUACAGAAGAGAAAGUAAAGCGGAUAUAGUUAGAAAAGCUAUUAAGAAUGUGAAUCCUGUACAGCUUGAUUCUUCUCAAUUACCAGAGACACCAUUUGAUGAGCGAAAAUUUUGUAUUUUUUAUUCAGAAGAAGGUGGAUUUAGAUCAACGGAUGAAAAUAAUCAAACAACGAAUAUGCUUUAUUUCUUAGGAAUCAUUGAUAUAUUAACUCCUUAUAAUUUUGUAAAGAAAACAGAGCAUUUUUUGAAAAGCUUUACACAAAAUAAGAAAACUAUAUCAGCCAUUCAUCCUGAAGCUUAUGGUGAACGUUUUAUUGAAUUUAUGGAAAAUGUAGUAACUGUGAAUACCAAAAAGACUCAAUAAUCUAUUUAUUUAUUAUGUUGUAUACCCUUUCUUCUCUUGUCUUUAUUAUAGAGUUUUUCUUGUAAAACACACAAGAAAUUAAAUAAAAACACGGUUUUUAUUACUGUAA